AUGUACGAUUUUGGUGAGCAUAGCAUUGCAUCUGAGUUCGUCUUCUACCGAACCGCAUAUUCUUUUUGCUUCGUGAAUCGAUGUCCUGUAUUAGUUGGACAUGUGCUUGUUUGUCCAAUAAGAAAAGUGACUCGUCUAACCGAACUCAGCAAUCUGGAGACCUCAGACUUGUUCAUAACUGCGAAACGAAUACAAGCGAUGUUGGAAGCACACUAUGGGACAACAUCCAGCACAGUUUGUGUGCAGGAUGGCCCUGAAUCUGGGCAGACUGUCUCACAUGUGCACAUACACAUACUGCCACGGAGGAAAGGCGAUUUUGGUGGUAAUGCAGAUAAUGUUUACCAUGAGCUGGCUGAGCAUGAUAAGCCAGGAAGUGAGAAGAAAUUCCGCGAUAAGAAGGAGAUGCAGGAGGAAGCCGAAGUCUAUCGCAGUAUUUUGGCAAAAGCUAAUAGUUGA